AUGGAGCUGAUGAUGGUGAAGAAUGAAGAGAACCCUGGGAGGCGUCGCCUGAGCACAGCAGAUCGUGAGACUGAGGCAACCCGGUCUGUCAAGAGAAGGAGAAGAGACCCACCUGCAGUUGCAGUUAGUUGUGACAACAACCAGAGUGAGCAGCAGUUGCCACAAAAGCCAGCUGAUCCAACCUCAGCUACCACAAUGAAGAGAAGUUCAAGAUUUCGCGGUGUCAGCAGGCAUAGAUGGACCGGUCGAUUUGAAGCCCACUUGUGGGAUAAGCUCUCUUGGAAUGUAACACAGAAGAAGAAAGGGAAACAAGGAGCUUAUGAUGAAGAAGAAUCUGCUGCAAGAGCAUAUGAUUUAGCUGCACUUAAGUAUUGGGGAACGUCGACGUUCACCAACUUUCCGAUAUCGGACUAUGAGAAAGAAAUUGAGAUCAUGCAAUCUGUGUCAAAAGAAGAGUAUUUGGCCUCGUUAAGAAGAAAGAGCAGUGGGUUUUCAAGAGGUGUAUCUAAGUACAGAGGAGUGGCAAGGCACCAUCAUAAUGGUAGAUGGGAAGCGAGAAUAGGAAGAGUUUUCGGAAACAAGUACCUCUACCUAGGCACUUACAGCACCCAAGAGGAAGCAGCUCGUGCCUAUGACGUUGCAGCAAUUGAGUACAGAGGGAUCAACGCUGUGACUAACUUUGACUUGAGUUCUUACAUAAGGUGGCUAAAGCCAACAGCAGACAAUCCAAUAGCCACUCAAGAACCAGAGACAGUCGCAGAGCCUCAGAAUAUGCCAUUCAUGGCCAACAGCUACAUCCCAACAGAGAAGUCUUUCUCACACACAAAUCCUUUUGCCUCUGAUUACUUCAACUCCCCCCGAAAACAAGAAGUCAUCGGUAUCAACAUCCCUCUUAACACCGGUAGCAAGUCAUCAUCUCCCACUGCACUUGGCCUCCUCCUUCAAUCAUCAAUAUUCAGAGAAUUGGUUCAGAAGAACUCUAACUUCUCGGAGGAUGAGAGUACUGACGGAGAAGAAACAAAGAACCAACCACAGGUUGGUAGUGAUGAUGAGUUCGGUGGAAUUUUCUAUGAUGGAAUUGGCAACAACCCGUUUGCCUGCUCUUCCAAUUCUGAUGGAGAUAACAACCCAUGGAGCAGCAUUACAAGCACCAUUUUGCUCAAUCAACCAACAAAAGCAAAUGCCUCAGACUCUCUAUUUUUCUUUUCUUAG